CUUAGCGUUUCAGCAUCUGGCGAUGCGAAACCACUCGUGCCAGCGUACUCCCUGGGGUACCGAAAAGAAGGUUUUCAUCGUCGAAUCAGUCGCAGCGACGGCUACGAAAAAAUUGAAAAUGACGCGGCGAUCGGCGGAAAUGCGACGUUCGCAAUUCGCCAAAUGGUCUUGGCUGAUAUGGCGAAGGUUAUCAUCG